AUGGCAGCCCAACCGCCGGCCGCUCCAGGCGGCAUUCAGCAGAUCUUCGAGAGGAACCAGGAGGCGACGAUAUAUGUGGGAAAUCUGGACCCCAAGAUCGACGAGGAGGUCUUGUGGGAGCUCAUGGUGCAGUGCACGGCCUCAGCGUUUGAAGCGAUGUGCGAGCAGCACUCGUGGACAGCAGUGAGCUGUGUGGACCAGUUGCCAACCUCCACCUCCCCCGGGACAAGAUCACAACGACGCAUCAAGGGUGGUCCCACGAAUCCUUGGGAGCUGCGUGGCGUGGCUGUCGAGCCCGUCAGAAAGCAUUUCGAGGAUGCUGAGGGCCUCCUUCGCCAGGGUCGCUUCUCCAAUGUGUCAGUGGUGCAGGUCGCCUUGGGCCGACACGACGGCACAGUGCCGCUCUGGCGCGUCGAGGCGGCGGCGCCGGAGGCUCUGGCAACGAUGAGCGCCGCGCAGCGGGAACACUACGACUGGGAUAUGAGCUAUUUGCGCAACAUGUCCUCCGUCGGUGCCAUCUCCUCCCACUUGGAGUAUUUUCACUCCCGGCUGGUUGACAAGGCCGAGGUCGCAGUGCCUCUUCGCAGGGACAAUGUACAGCUUUGGAGUUGGCGACGACUCACGCGGGAGAUGGGCUUCAACGGCUGCGAAGUGCUGGUUCUGGACACAGAAGGUUGCGACGUUGAGAUCUUGCGCUCAAUGGCAUACCACUGCUGGUGGCGGCCCGAAGAGCGACCAUGGCUCAUCCAGUUCGAGAGCAACGGCCUCUCGAACGCGCGUGGCAACGGCUCGGAUGAGGACGCGGUGGUGUCUGAGUUAGAGGAGAUGGGCUACAUGCUUGUGGGGAAGAGCAAGACAGACACCCAUAUGGUCCUGGGAGAGAAAGCUGUGGAAGGAAGCCCCCUGCAUCACUGGAUGCUGACCUGGCGCUGUUCGUACUGUGGACACCGGGGGAGCUACCCUUACCUGGAUGAUCCCUACACGGGUUACACCUCCUGCAGCAACUGCCGCGAGCGUCCUUCACGAGCCGGAUACGGAUUCAGCAACUAUGGAUCAGUGCGCGGAGGGGAUCGUCCGGGAUCGAUUCUCAGCCUCUUGGAUGCAACGGUGAGAGAUCUGAUCCUGGGACGAGACCAUCCAACUGCCAAAAGAGGGUAUGGUUUUGUGGAGUAUAAGAAUGAAGAAGAUGCGGACUACGCCAUCAAGAUCAUGAACAUGAUCAGGCUCUUCGGCAAGCCCAUUCGAUGCAACAAGUCCUCUCAAGACAAGAAGACGAACGAGGUCGGUGCAAACCUCUUCAUCGGCAACUUAGAGCCCGAGGUCGAUGAGAAGAUGCUCUACGACACCUUCUCUGCCUUCGGGGUUUUGCUCUUCGCCAAGGUCAUGAGAGACCCGGACACAGGCGUGUCGCGAGGCUUCGGAUUCAUUUCCUACGACACCUUCGAGGCGUCGGACGCGGCGCUUGCCGGAAUGAACGGGCAGUUCUUGUGCAACCGACCAAUCAGCGUCUCCUAUGCAUACAAGAAAGAGACGAAGGGCGAGAGGCACGGCUCUGCGGCAGAGCGACUUAUCGCUGCGAACCGGCCCAAGGAGGGCCCUGGCAGCCAGCAACCACGUGGGGGAGGGGCCCUGCCGCCGGGCAUGCCGGCGCCACCUGGAAUGCGCUAG